CAGCACAAAUUGCUUGUGAAUGUACUUUAAACCUUUCACAUAUGGGCUCAACACUCCCCUGCUCCUUGUUCUGCAUCCUUGUGUGUCUCUUUGGCGUCCGAUGUUCUGCAAACUCUGCUGCAGCAGCAGCAGCUGGAAAUGAGACUGAUCAACUAGCUCUUCUCCAUUUCAAAGCGAAAAUAACCAACGACCCUUUUGGGGUUUUACAGCUUUGGAAUUCUAGCACUCAUUUCUGCCAGUGGCAAGGCAUUACUUGCGGCCGUCGGCAUCAGCGGGUUGUCAAGUUGGAGCUAUUUUCUUUGAAACUUGAAGGUUCUAUAUCACCCCGCAUCGCAAAUUUAAGCUUUUUAAGGGUAUUAGAUCUGAAAAAUAACAGCCUUAGCAAAGAAAUCCCUUCAGAAAUUGGCCAUCUUCGCAGACUGGAAACUUUGAUUUUGUCCAAUAACUCCAUUGGUGGCAGAAUACCUUCCAAUAUAUCUGCAUGUUCUAAUCUCAUUUCUUUCAAUAUUGGUUACAACCAGGUAGCAGGAGAAAUCCCAAGUUCCCUCGGCUCGUUGUUGCAGCUCCAGGUUUUUGCUGCAAAUCGUAACAAUCUAUCAGGAACAAUCCCUUCUAGUUUUGGGAACUUGUCAUCUCUUGAGAGACUUGAGCUAACUGGCAAUGUUAUUGGUGGGAGGAUUCCGUUCACCCUUGGCAGACUAAAAAAUCUCAAGUAUUUUCUCCUAACUGUUAAUAAAUUUUCAGGAGAAAUUCCAUCUUCAAUCUUUAAUCUUUCUUCCAUUGUGAUUUUUGACGUGGGAGGAAAUGAACUUCGAGGGCAUCUUCCUUCAGACAUGGGUAUUACACUUCCUAACCUUAAAGUCCUCACUGUUGCUUUCAACCAAUUCAGUGGUUCCAUUCCAGUCUCAAUAUCUAAUGCCUCCAAACUAGAAUUUCUUCAAUUUCCAAGAAACAACUUUACAGGGGAAGUUCCCUCCUUGGAAAAUUUGCAAAGGCUUCAGGUUUUGCUCCUUGGCAGCAACAGCCUCGGAGGUGCAGGAACCAACGACUUGUCGUUCUUGUGCUCUUUGAUAAAUGCUACCAAUUUGGGAUAUUUAAAUAUGCAAGCUAAUAGCUUUGGAGGUUCUUUGCCUUCAUGCAUGGCCAACUUGUCGAGGACUCUUCAAACAUUCGCAGUAGAAAGCAACAAAAUAUUUGGAAGCGUGCCUGCUUGGAUAGGUAACUUUGUCAACCUGAAAAUUCUCUCAGUAGCAGAUAACAGAUUCUCAGGGAAUCUCCCUUCUAUUAUUGGAAAGCUCCAAAACCUGGAGAUACUCUACGUGAGUGAAAACAAAUUAUCUGGAGAAAUUCCUCAUUCUCUUGGUAAUUUAACACUGUUGACACAAUUAACAUUGAAUCAGAAUAAUUUUCAAGGUAGCAUCCCCUCAAGUUUAGGAGAAUGUCAAAAUCUGAUAUUGCUUAAUCUGUCAAGCAAUAAUCUUACGGGCAAUAUUCCUCCAGAAGUAUUUUUGCUCUCUUCCCUGUCAAUCUAUCUUGGCCUGUCUCAAAAUCGUUUGACAGGUUCUCUUCCUAUCGAGGUUGGGAAUCUGAAAAACCUUGGUGUGUUGCAAGUUUAUCAGAAUUUGCUAUCUGGGGAAAUUCCAGGCAGCCUUGGCAGUUGUGUCAGAUUGGAAAUAUUAACCAUGCAAGGCAAUUUCUUCCAGGGUCCCAUUCCUUCAUCUUUGAAUGCACUGAGGGGUCUCAAAGUGUUUGAUCUUUCUCAUAACAAUUUCUCUGGUCAAAUUCCCAAGUUCUUGGGUGGCUUUGUUUAUCUGCUCAAUUUAAACUUAUCAUUCAACAAUUUUGAAGGCAGUGUACCGAUUGAAGGAGUUUUCAGAAAUGCAAGUGCUACUUCAGUUAUGGGAAAUACGAAUCUCUGCGGAGGAAUACUCGAUUUCCAUUUGGUUGCUUGCCACUUGAAAACUUCUGCUGAUAGAAGAUCAAGCAAGAAAGCACGGCUAAUAGUUCCUGUUGUGGCAGGGGCUUUGGGAGCACUUCUGAUGUUUUCUUUCCUUUUUCUUCUAAGAUUAAGAAAGAAAAAUCAGGCACCUGAAAUCUCUUCAGUAGAUUCACUUAUAAGAGUGUCUUAUCAAAUUCUUUAUGAAGCCACCAAUGGUUUCUCCUCCGAGAAUUUGAUCAAUGUGGGUAGCUUUGGAUCUGUAUAUAAAGGAGUUCUUGGCGAAGGUGGACAAUCCAUUGCUGUUAAGGUUCUGAACCUUCAGCACAGUAAAGCAGCAAGAAGCUUCAUUGCAGAAUGUGAAGUGCUGAAGAAUAUCAGACAUCGAAAUCUUGUAAAGGUACUAACAGCUUGUUCAAGUAUUGAUUAUCAAGGCAACGAUUUCAAGGCUCUAGUUUAUGAGUACAUGGUUAAUGGAAGCCUUGACGAUUGGCUGCAUCCAGUUGUGGCAGUUGAUGGAAAUCAUCAUGAGCCACCAAAGAAUUUAAAUUUUCUUCAAAGACUAAGUAUUGCUAUUGAUGUUGCUUUUGCACUUGAAUAUCUUCAUAAUCAUUGUGAAACUACAAUCGUUCAUUGUGAUCUGAAGCCGAGUAAUAUUCUUCUCGAUGAUGAACUGACCGGCCAUGUCAGUGACUUUGGACUUGCAAAAUUUCUUCUUAAGGAUUUGAAUGGUUCAGCCAUUCAUUCAAGUUCUGUUGGAUUAAGAGGUACUAUUGGUUAUGCUCCUCAAGAAUAUGGAUUAGGAGGUGAGGUGUCACCACAUGGUGAUAUCUAUAGUUAUGGGAUUUUGUUGCUGGAGAUGUUCACUGGGAAAAGGCCAACUCAUGAAAUGUUCAAAGAAGACUUGAACCUUCACAAAUUAGCUAAGUCAGCAUUGCCAGAUAGAGUAGCUGAGAUUUUAGACCCACUACUUGUAGAAAGAGUUGAAUCAGAAACAAGCAUAAAUGAUUGUUUGAUUUCAAUCAUUGGUAUUGGAGUAGCUUGUUCUGUUGAAUCUCCUGGGGAAAGGAUGGAUAUCAGUGAUGUAACCUUGAAGCUAUGUUCCAUCAGAAACAAGCUUCUUCGUAAUUAA